CACUAUUUAAACCCCCUCCCCCCCUAAACUUUAGCCUCCAAGAUCAGACCAAGAAGCGCACACAGUACACACUGCCAAAGAAAAGAGAGCUCUCAAAGGAGAGAGGGUAACCGGUUACCGGAAUAUUUGACUUGAAAUCCAAAAAGAAAAGAAACCCAGUUCGGCGGCGAAGAUGAUUGCUUACUUAGAGAGAUUUAUCCACGAGAACGAUAGCGAAUCCAGACCUAACGACGACGAGAAAGACCAGCUUCCAAACAUAUGUCACUCUCUAGACCUCCAAGGCACCAUCGAUUGUGUGGCUACCGGUUUGGCCGGUAAGGAUUUCGGCGGCAUGUACACAUGCGAGCCUCUAGCUCUAAUCAGACCAGCAAGUGCCGAUGACGUGGCACGUGUAGUUAGAGCAGCUUACCGGUCACCCAAUCUGACGGUUGCAGCAAGGGGUAACGGACACUCUAUCAACGGGCAAGCCAUGAGCGACCGAGGACUUGUCAUGGACAUGAGGUCCACUGAAGGAAACCAUUUUGAGGUUGUAAGAAUGAAUGGGGAAACCUUCGUCGAUGUGUCGGGAGGGGCAUUAUGGGAAGAUGUGUUAAAACGAUGCGUUUUGGAGUAUAAAUUAGCUCCAAGGUCAUGGACUGAUUACCUUGGUUUAACGGUGGGUGGCACGCUAUCUAACGCCGGCGUAAGUGGUCAGGCUUUUCGGUUUGGCCCACAAACGUGCAACGUAGCAGAGUUGGAUGUUGUUACUGGUGAAGGACAACUAAUGACUUGCAAUAAAAAUGAAAACAGUGAAUUGUUUUUUGGUGCACUUGGUGGUCUUGGCCAGUUCGGUAUCGUUACCAGGGCCAGAGUAGUGGUCCAGUCUGCACCAGACAUGGUGAGAUGGAUAAGGGUGGUGUACUCUGAGUUUGAAGACUUUACUCGAGAUGCUGAGUGGCUGGUGACCCGUCCAGAGGGCGAGUCAUUCGAUUAUGUUGAAGGGUUCGUGUUUGUGAACAGUGUUGAUGACCCUGCAAAUGGGUGGCCAACCGUGCCGUUAGACCCGGACCAAGGAUUCGACCCAAGCCGUGUCCCUCGAACCGCCGGCUCCGUUCUUUACUGCCUUGAAGCAGCUCUGCAUUACCAAAAGACUGACCACCCCUCCACGGUGGACAAGGCUGUGAACAGCUUGCUUGGGCGGCUAGGAUUUAUCGAGGAUAUGAAAUUCCAAGUGGAUGUGAGCUACGUCGAGUUCCUCUUGCGUGUGAAGCAUGCAGAGGAAUCCGCUAGGGAAAAUGGUACAUGGGACGCUCCUCACCCCUGGUUGAAUAUGUUCGUGUCAAAGAGGGACGUAGCUGAUUUUGAUCGUGUGGUGUUCAAGAGGAUGUUGAAAGAGGGUGUUGGUGGGCCCAUACUAGUCUACCCUCUCCUGCGAAGCAAGUGGGACGACCGGACAUCUGUGGUGUUACCAGCGGAAGGGGAAAUCUUUUACUUGGUGGCAUUGCUCCGAUUCACCAUGCCAUGCCCAAAGGCCCCUUCUGCCGAGAAAUUGGUGUCUCAAAACAGAGAGAUUGUCCAAUUUUGUGUCAAGGAAGGUCUCGACUUCAAAUUGUACCUCCCUCACUACCAAUCUGAAGAGGAAUGGAAAAGACACUUUGGAAGUCAGUGGUCAAGAUUUGUUGAGAGGAAGGCCAGUUUCGAUCCCCUGGCCAUUCUCGCACCAGGCCAAAAAAUAUUCAAGAGGAUCUCCCAACUCUAGCUCGGUCAAUUGAUAAUAAAUAUCGAUCGAUCGGUUUUACAUCUCAAUUGUAAUUUUCCUAGAAUGUAUUCUGCUCCCAGCUAGCUAGCUAGCUUGUGCUCGUCAAUCAGUGCUCUUGCAUGCCUCCAAUAUUGCAAAUCAGUUGAUAAACAAUAUUGUUGGAGCAAUGUAAAGGAAUAUUUCGGGAGAGAGAAGAAAAAUUAAAAAUUAAAUUGAUCCCUUUUAUAAUUAA